AUGUUGAGAUCCAGUGUCAGAAUCAAUAGCAUAGGCCUCCUAGGCAAGCGGUUGUUACAACAGUCAUCUGUUCGCUACAACAGCUCGUACGAGUUGCCAGACUUGUCGAAGCUCCCCAGAAGAAAACCCACCGAAGUCCAUGUGCCUUUAGUCAAUCCUGCUGACCAGUACAAGGAAACAUCCGAAGAAUUGCAUAAAUUCGGCAGAUAUAUCAUGUCUUGUAUGCCCAAAUACAUCCAGCAGUUCUCGGUAUGGAAGGACGAGUUGACGGUGUACGUAGCGCCUUCCGCCUUGAGACCCACCAUGAUAUUUUUAAAGAACCACACAUCUGCGCAGUUCAAAUCAGUGAUGGAUGUCACGGCAGCAGACUAUCCUUCAAGAUCCAACCGGUUCGAUGUCGUGUACAACAUGUUGUCCGUGCGUUACAACUCGAGAAUCAGAGUCAAGACAUACGCCAACGAAAUCAGUCCUGUGCCUUCGAUUGUGCCUUUGUUUCAAGGUGCCAACUGGUACGAAAGAGAAACCUACGACUUGUUUGGGAUUUUUUUCGAGGGCCACCCGGACUUGAGAAGAAUUAUGACCGACUACGGGUUUGAAGGCCAUCCUUUGAGAAAGGAUUUCCCCACCACUGGAUACACCGAAGUGAGAUACGACGAGGAAAAGAAGAGAGUAGUGUAUGAGCCAUUGGAAUUGACCCAGGCAUCUAGAAGUUUCACGGUUCCUCACUCAGCGUGGGAGCAGGUUGGUGAUGGUAAGGACUUUACGCCCGAAUCGUUCAAGUUGCCCACACCUGAACCCGAGCCUGAAGCUGAAGAAAAGGGCGAUAAGAAGUGA